AUGGACUUGAAGUCACUGUUAUUAAAAUUUUCUCAAUCAAAACAAGUUGAGAAAGAUCCAGCUGAGAUAGAAAAAGAAGAGGAUAAAUAUUUCCAAUCGUUUUACCGUCAAUGGAAGGGAACGACAGCCGAGGACAAUGAUGCGACCUACAAAGUCAUACCCAAGUUUUAUUUCAAGUUGCCAAGAGAAGAUGAGAUACUGCCUCAGAAGCUCAGAGAAGAAACCCGUGCCUUAUUUCUGCAACGCAGAUCCCGUCAAUUGCUGGACAACAAUGAGUUGAAAGCUCUCUGGGUCUUGCUGGACAAGCACCACAGUCCUCCGCUCUCCGGGGACGAGCAGAUGAUCAACUACGAGGACUUUAAGCAAGUGGGAAAACUCGCCGGGGCCAAGUGUGCUCCUUAUUUCACAGCUGUGGUGUUUGCUAAGCUCCAACAGGGAGAUCCUCAUGGAAGAAUCAGUAUCAUGGCGCUGUUCAAUUAUGUUAUGAGAAAGGUCUGGGUCCAUCAGACCAGAAUUGGUCUUUCACUUUAUGAUGUUACUGGUCAAGGAUAUCUUCGUGAAUCUGAUCUAGAAAAUUAUAUACUGGAAUUAAUACCGACAUUACCACAAUUGGAAGGCUUGGAAAAAUCAUUUCACUCGUUCUACGUUUGCACAGCUGUCAGAAAAUUUUUAUUUUUCCUAGACCCGCUACGAACUGGCCGGGUUAGAAUUCAAGAUAUCCUGGCGUGUAGUUUUCUCGACGAUCUUCUGGAACUGAGAGAUGAAGACUUGCCUAAAGACUUGCAAGAAGCUAAUUGGUUUUCAGCUCCUUCGGCUUUGAAAGUUUACGGGCAAUAUCUCAACCUAGACCGUGAUCAUAAUGGAAUGCUUAAUAAGGAAGAAUUAUCUGGGUAUGGAACUGGGACACUGACAGGAGUAUUUUUGGAGCGCGUUUUUCAAGAAUGCUUAACUUACGAAGGCGAAAUGGAUUACAAAACUUACUUGGACUUUGUACUGGCUUUGGAAAACCGACACGAGCCUCAGAGUCUUCAUUAUUUAUUUCGUAUUCUCGAUAUAAAUAAUAAAGGGUACUUGGACACUUUCUGCUUGAAUUAUUUCUUUCGUGCGAUUCAAGAACAGAUGACGAUGCACGGGCAAGAGCCAGUUAGCUUCGAAGAUGUCAAAGAUGAAAUUUUUGACAUGGUUAAGCCUGCUGAUUCUUGUAAAAUUACUUUACAAGAUCUUUUAGCAUGUGGACAAGGUGACACAAUGAUUAGUAUUUUAAUAGAAUUUCAUGGUUUCUGGGCUUAUGAAAACCGUGAAGCUAUGGCUGCUGACACUGGAGAAGAAUCUUCUCAUGUAUAA